CCACAGAGACCGGACUGCAUGCGUAGUAGUAGAUGUUUCUGUGGUGUGAUGCCCACGACAGCCUACACAAUAUUAUGACUUGUUAAGGUAAUUUUGCUGAUGUCGUUCUGGGGCCCUCUGUUAAAGUCCUGGGGUAUUUCUUCAUUAGACGACAAUGCCUACGACUAGGCUGACUAUAGGGGCCUGAGGCUUAACUUCUCGUAAACGAUUUGUUCUGUAUCCUGCUACUCACCCGAGGUCGUCAUGGAUCAAGCAGGCAUGGAUUCCGAUCAUCUGAUCCCCUACGACAUCACUCACUUAAAGAACAAAUCUAUCGAUGAGCUUCUAGCCUGUUUAAACUUCUCCUCUCUGAAAGAGUUCUUAGAGGUGUACGAUGUUGGUCUAGACCCCACGGAUCUGUCCCCGGGGGCUGAUGCGUUUCUCAUCACGUCCUAUACGUUGAUAUUCAUCAUGUCGCUCGUUGGCAACCUCCUCGUCGUCAUCGCAGUUGCGUCCAAACGGAGCAUGCGCACGGUCAUCAAUUCCUUCAUCGUUUCCCUGGCAACGUCCGACCUCCUCGUCACCAUCUUCUGCAUCCCUUUCACCCUGGUGGAGGUCAUCACCGUAGACUGGGUCCUGGGGACGUUCAUGUGUAAGCUGCUUAACUACAUCACCAUGGUUGCAGUUGUAUCCAGCGUCCUCACCCUGACAACCAUCGCAGUAGAGCGCCACCAUGCGAUAUGCCACCCCUUACGUGCGCGUAUCAUCCAGACCCCAACCCGUGCCGCCAUUUUGAUCGCCGGGCUGUGGAUCUUCUCAAUGAUCCUAGUGUCCCCUCUGCUAUUCGUCAUGGAGGUGGAGGUCGAGAUGGUCCUCUUAAGCGGCACCACGUACAAAUUCUGCCGUGAGACCUGGCCGCACCACGACCAGAAGAAAACCUUCACUCUCCUUCUGGUCAUAUUCCUGUACAUCAUCCCCGUUCUCACUAUGACGAUCCUGUAUCUCCGUGUGGUGCACCGACUAUGGAUACGCAAGGCCAUCACGCCAGUUGAAGCCCCGGGUAGUCUGGCAAACGCCUCGUCACUCCGUAACAAGAGGCGUGCCACUAAGAUGCUGAUCGUGGUCGUAGUCCUCUUCGCUGCAAGCUGGUUGCCCUUCCACGUGGUCAGCAUCAUCAGAGAUUUCUUUCGACUUCUUGACAGUGAGCAAAAUCGCAUGAUGCUCGCGAUUGUCCAGCUCAUUGGUUUCAGUAAUAGCUUCAAUAAUCCCAUAGUGUACGCCUUUCUCAAUGAGAACUUUAAGAGAAAGUUUAGGAGGACGCUCUGCGUCCGACCGCCAAAGAAGGCAAAGAAAAAGGUGAAGAAGUCAACGUCACAUCUUGUCAGCCCUUAUGCCGUCCAAACCACCCUGUGAAUAAAUAAGACACUUGUUCAAAAUAAGAUGAAUGAAAUAAUAACCUGAAGAAGUUUUCACAUAAAUAAUCAACUAUUGUAUAUGCCUCUAAUAUAGUUAUAUGAGUCUAACCGCCAAAGAAAGAAAAAAAAAGGUGAAGAAGUCAACGUCACAUUUUGUCAGCCCUUAUAUGCCGUCCAAACUACCCUGUGACUAAAUAGGACACUUGUUCAAAAUGAGAUGAAUGAAAUAAUAACCUGAAGAAGUUUUCAACUAUUUUAUGCCUAUAUUAUAGUUAUAUAUAACUACCAAAACUUAAUGUAAGCAUCAGUUUCGUCACAAAGUGAGCUAAAAAUAAGUUGUAUAGUUAACAUUGUAAGAGUCAUACUUUUUAUGGUAAGUGUUGCUUUCUUAAGUACAACAAAGUUUGCUGAUUGAUUGUGCAUUACUUGAUUUUACUCAUUCCUUGAUUAUAAGUUGGUUGGUUGAUUGAUUGAAUGAUUCUGAUUUUUUUUUUUUUUUUUUUAGGGUACUAUCUUCUUCUAUUUUAUAUUAUGAAAUUGUUUUUUUUUCUUUUCAUAGCGUAUUAUUCACCAUUUAUAGGUACCAUAUAAAAUAAAUAAAUAAAUAAUAUAUAUAGAAGUUAAUAACACUAUUUAUUAUAUGUCUGCUGUCACUAGAGUCAUAAAAGUCCCCAAUUAUUUAUUCACAUUUGUAAAGUUAAUACGUCUCUCAAGUAAAAAACAAACAAAAAAAAGAACAAAAAACAGCUGUUUCCCAAAAAAGGCUAAGCAAGUUGCGAAAUUUUCAUUUUUGUAAAUUGGACGAUUAUCUUUCUAAUAAUUAUUCAAACACCAGCUGUAUUAUAAAAAAGCAAAUUAAUGAUAUCAUGCGUCAUGGAUUAUUAAACGUAAUUAUAUAAUAUUAUUAUAAAUAAUGCCAUAACGAAUAACUGCAGAAGUAAGACAAUUAAAGUGAAUGGAGCAAGGGAGUUGCAUUGAUGAUCAAGGAGCGUUCGUUAUGAAAUGAAUAUGGAAAGAUUUAACUAAUUUAAUUUUCUUGUUAUUUGGGGUUGAGCAAAUAAUUGACUAAAGUGGGAUUCGAACCAACGACCUCCGGAUGUUAACGUGCCGGCGCUCUACCA